AUGCUGGAUAUUUUAGUAAACGGAUGUUUGCUACGCAUGAGAGAGGCUCCACCUACUCAAUGUACCGAUCAUGAAUUCUCUGAGCUUAACACAAUUAAUUCAAAUGAGAAGACUAUAGGUAAUAAUCAGAAAGUAUCAGAUAACACAGUCAGAACUAGUUCUACUACUGUUGAUUUUAAUAGUAAUAAGGGCAAAACUAUUAUUGGUCACCGUUGUAAUUGGCCAUCACCAUCAGCUUGUUUUUACUGUAAACCAUGUAAUAAACUUUUAUGCGCUGAAUGUAGCGGACAUUUCUCAAUGUCAUCUAAAGGUAAAGAACAUGAAAAUCAUGUUGUAUUAUCAUUGGAAAAGGCUGUUCAUGAUGCUAAACUUGAAAUUAAUAAGCAAAUUGAUCGAGUUAAACGGAACAAUUCACAAUUCGAAGAUUAUUUACGUCAUGUAAUUAAAUACGGUCAUGAACUUGCUGAAACAGAAUUGAACAUAACUAAUCAAAUUCAAAAUAGAGCUGAACAAUUGAAAAACGAAAUUGAUCAAAUAGCUAAUAAACUAACCAAUCAAAUUGACAAAGAAAUUGGGAAUGAAAUGAAGCUAAUUGACCAAUGUGCAGGGUCCCUGUAUCCAUUAAUUGCCCAAUGUGAAGUAGCCUGUCGAUAUGCUAAUGCACUGAAGGAUUUUGGAAGACCAGAAGAGGUACUUUUCUGUUUUGAUCAAGUAAACGAACAACUGAGCUAUUUGGGACAAAAGAAAAUUGAAUAUUUAGGAGCACGUAUAAAAACAUAUUUCAAAAAUGGCGGUUAUAGUUAUUGUGAAGAUGGGGUAGAAACAAAAAGUCAAACAUUCAAUUCAUCAUAUUUAUUCGGAAGUAUUGAAUCUGAAAAAAUUGCAGAGGAAUUUUCAAAAAAUGAAAUUAUCAAUCGUUCAGCUAUUCAUAAACAAAAUGAACUUAAAUUAGAGCUUAGUAAUAUAUACUUAAAUCCUGAUCAAAUAUCAGUCGGUGUAAAUACUAGUCCAAGAGAGCUAGAAACAUUAACUAGUUAUCAUGAAGAUAAUCGAUUUAAUAUUAAUGAUAAUGAAUUAAAUUUACUUAUUUCAGGUAAUCGUUUCAAAACAAAUGAAAGCUUCUUAACACUAAGAAAUGGUUAUACAUCUGAUAAUAUGAAACAGAAAUCAAUGAUUAAAGAACAGUAUAAUCUAUCCAAAUGUCAAGUAACCAAUGAAUUAGAAUUUGAUGCAAGAGUUAGUACUGAUUUACGUGAUGUUUGGCCUACUGGAUUAGUUGUAAAUCAAUCGAAUGGAGACAUUUAUGUUGUGGAUAGAGAUAAUUCUAGAAUCAAGCUUUUUACCCAUGAUGGAACAUUUAUUUCAAGUUUAGGUGAUACAGGUGAAAUGACUGACCGACUUAUAAGUCCAUUUGACAUUACACUAUCAUCCAGUCGGGGAAUUAUAUUUGUAUCAGACUAUCAACGAGAUGAGAUUCGACUAUUCAGCUUCGAUGGACGUUCACAGGGUACAUUAACAAAAAAUAAACUUAAACAUCCACGUGGAGUAUGUUAUGGUAUUGGAUUAUUGGCUGUUGUUGAAAGUCGACGUCAUCAUAUUAGUCUUUAUGACAUCCGCUGUGAUACUAAUUCACCAGUACAUCAAAUACCUGUUGAUAAAGGAUUAGUUGGAGAAGAAGAUAAUUCAAACAAAUUUAUUUUUAACAGUCGAACUGCGCUUACUGAACCAUAUUAUGUUGAAUUUGUUGAUGAUGGUGGAGGAUACUUAGGUGUUACUGAUUGGGCUGCUCCAAGUGUCAAGUUGUACUCAUUAAAGACUGGUUCUUUUCUAUCUUCUAUAGGUGGUUAUGGUACAACAAAUGACAAUAUUUUACAACCUUAUGGAAUAUGCUAUGCUCCAUGGACUAGAUCAUUUCUAAUUGCUGAUCAUGUUAAUCACCGUAUACAAUCAUGUCAAAUUAAACAUAUCAAUGAAAAUGAUAAUACUAUUCUGACAAAUGAUUUCAAUAGAUCAACAAAACAAACCAAUGGAUUGAAUCAAAUCCAUGUUAAUGGACAUAAAAUCACUUCUAUUAAUUUAUCUUCAUUGAAACCGAUUGCUGAAAAGGGUACACAUUCAAUAUGGCAUCCAAUGGCUAUUACUACAGAUAUACAACGUAAACGAAUAAUUGUAACAGAAGCAUUAGGCAAUGUUAAAGUAUUAAAAUCAAUGGAAACAAUUUAA